AUGUUACCACCGGCCUUGAACAUCCCCAGAUGGCUGGAAGCCAACUCGCACCUCCUGCAACCCCCGGUAAAUAACUACUGCGUGUACCACCCGUCCUCGCCGGAGACGGCGGGCUAUACGGUGAUGAUCGUGGGGGGGCCCAACGCGCGCACGGACUACCACUGCAACACGACGCCGGAGUUCUUCUACCAGUACCGGGGGUCGAUGCUGCUGAAGACGGUGGACACCUCGGUCACGCCGCCGGUAUUCCAGGACAUCCCGAUCCACGAGGGGUCGAUCUUCCUGCUGCCGGCCAACACGCCGCACUGCCCCGUGCGGUUCCAGGACACGGUCGGCGUGGUGAUGGAGCAGCCGCGCGCCAAGGACGCCGUCGACAGCAUGCGCUGGUACUGCCGCGGUUGCGGGGAGAUCGUCUGGGAGAAGCGGUUCAUCUGCACGGACCUGGGCACGCAGGUGAAGGAGGUGGUCAACGAGUUUGGGGCCGACGAGGAGAAGCGGACCUGCAAGGCCUGUGGGACCGUCGCGCAGACCAAGUUCGCCGAGGGCGAGAUCGUACAGCCGCCUCGGCACCCUGAGUAG